AUGUCCAACGAUGCCCACUCCAUCGCCAGCACCUGGCUCUCCACCUUCUCUGCAGGCGUCGCCUCCGGUUCGGUUUCCGGGCUCGCUUCCCUCUUCCUUGCCAGCGGCUGGCUGCGCGAGUGGCUCGUCUUCACCUGGGACCUCCACACGCUCGACGGCGUAGAUAAGAUCGGCGCCUUCCUGAAAGAAAAGCUCCCGGCGGCGGCCAUUUCCGACGUACGCCUCGUCCCGGACGGGGCUUGGGGGGCAGAGUGGCUGCGCCCGCGUUAUGGGGCAGCCUUCGGGCUCGACUUCAUUGAGUUCGGCAUCCUGGCGGAGUGCGCGAAGGGCCCGGUGCGGGGCCACGUGCGCUUGGUGCACGAUGUCGACGGGGUGCACCGAGCGUUGACGGUGUUCACCGAGCUGCAGGACCUAAGGGCGCGAAUUCAGGAGUAUGUAAAGGCGAUUGAGGCGAAGCCGUAUGUGCUUGUCGUGGGCUCUGGUCAGACGGGACUGAAUAUAGCGUCGCGAUUGAAGCAAAUGAACCUCCCAACGUUAGUCAUCGACAAGAACCCCCGUGUCGGCGACAACUGGAGGAAGCGCUACCCGUCGCUGACGCUGCACACCAUCAAUAGACACCACUCCCUACUCUACCAACCCUACCCCAGUAACUGGCCUCUCCUCACCCCGCGCGACAAGGUCGCGGACUGGCUCGAGACCUACGCCCAAAACCAGGACAUCGUCGUCUGGACCGACACCGCGCUCCAGCCCGGGAUCACCUACGACGCGGGCGCGCGUGACGCGCCCGCCGUUCUCCGCCCCGCGCACAUCGUGCUCGCCACCGGCGCGCUCGGCGCACCCAUCACGCCCGCACUCCCCGGACACGAAGCGUUCCGCGGAGCGACGGUGCACUCCGCGAGCUGGGCGGGCACGCGCGCGCACCCGGGCGCGGACGGCCGCGUCGUCGUCAUCGGCGCGGGCAACAGCUCGAUCGACAUCUGCCAGGACCUCGCGCUCGAGCACGCCGCCGCCGCGUCCGACGACGGGGCGCAGGCGCACGUGCGGUCGGUGACGAUGGUGCAGCGGUCGCCGACGUGCGUCGUCUCGCGCGACGGCGUGCUCGAGAUGCAGAAGGCGAAUUGGGUCGAGGGCGCGCGGAUCGAGCUCGGGGACUUUUUGAGCAGCGCGCUGCCGCUACACUUGCUGAAGCGCGUCGCGGUCGCGAACCAGCAGGCGGCGUGGGACGCGGAGCGGCCGCUGCACGACAAGCUGCGUAAGGCGGGCCUCAAGCUCUGGUUGGGACCGGAGGGGCAGGGGCAGUUUCUGCUCGUGCACGAGCGGUUGGGGGUGAGUGAUCUGGUCUCCUCGUGGUGGGCGAUGCCGACUGACCACGCCUGGUUGGACAAGGGCGGUGCGGAUCUCAUCGAGCAGGGCCUAAUCAAGGUCAAGACUGGUGUCGAGCCGGUGUCCUUCACUGAGCACGGGCUCCUCAUGAGCGACGGGUCGGAGAUGGAGGCUGACCUGGUCGUCUUCGCCACGGGCUAUCGCAACAUGCGCGACACCAAUGCGGCGUUGUUUGGGGAAGGCGUUAUCGGGAAGACGGAGGUGGCUUUUGGGCUGGAUGCUGAAGGAGAAUCCGCCGCGGCCUACCGCCCGAGUGGACAUCCUGGCCUCUGGUUUGCCACGGGUGACUUCGAGGUCUCCCGGACGCGUUCGAAGCCUUUGGCCAUGCAACUGAAGGCCAUCCAGCUGGGGCUUCUUGAGCAUGAUGGUCAGAGGAAGUAA